GUUCGUCAGUUGUUGUUUACGUUCGCGUCAGUGAAACUUUUUUUUAAUCAUUUUUUGCAAACAAACUUUAAUUUUAAAUUAAAAAAAAAAAAUUACAUUUCGUUAAUUUAAAAAAAAAUUCUUUUUUUUCUUUCGCAAUGGCCGAGGGCGGGAAAUUUAUUAUUCGUCCGAAAGUUCGAUUUUGUCAAUGGGAAAACGACGACGACGAUGAUAAUGACAAUCAGGAACUUGAAUCUUAUUUAAAUAAACCGACAAUUAAAAAUAUUGUGACAAUUGAAAAACCUUAUAAAAUUAUUGAUGAUAGAAAAAUAAAAUCAAGGGAAAAUUCACCAUUAGAUGAUAAUUAUUUAAAUGAUAAUGAAAAUUAUAAAAAUAGUGAUAAUAGUGAAAAUUGUGAAAAUUAUGAAAAUAGUUCGAAAAUUUCUCAAAAAAAUUCCAUUCAUGAUGAAUUUAAUAAUUAUACACCAUCUUUUGAUGAUUCUUCUUUUUCGUCAUGGUUAAAAAGUGAAAUUUCCCAUAAUCCAAAAAUAAUACAAGUCGAUGUUCACGCUGAGGAUUUAAUUGAAAAUAAUCCACUUAAUGAUGAUGAGAAAAAUCCAUUUUUCAAUAAAAAAGAACAUUUAUUUCGCGAUAAUUUAAAUUUAAGUGAAACAAAAAUUUUUGACGAGGAAAAAAAUGAAAAUUCCAAAUUUGAAAUGAAAAAUUUAUCUAAAAUUGAAGAAAAUUCUUUAUCAUUGGAUAAAAUUUCAAAUACACAAUUAUUAAAAAUUCCCGAGAAUUUGAAAAUUAAUGAAAAAAAAUUAAAAACAAAACUUGAUAAGAAACAAUUAAAUUCAAUAAAUCGUUUAACAAAAGUAAAAUCGCCAAAAAAAAAAAAUUUACCCGAAUUAACGAAAUUUUGCACAGCAAGACCAUUGGGAUUUAUUCAAAGAAGUUCAAAAAAACCAAUAAAAGUUGCGGGUAUAAUGCCAUGUUUAAAGGCAAAAAUUAUGGCUAAUGGAAAAAUUUCGCCAAUUAAAAAAAAUGUUUUACGCAAUAUUCAAGUGAAGGGGAAAAAAAAUUUAAUUUCUAAUAAUAAUAAUAAUAAUUUACAAAUGAAAAAGGAAUUGAAUUUUAAUUUAUUAAAAAAAAAUGAGGAAAUAAUAAUGGAACAAAAUAUAGAGAAAUUAUCGAAACCAAAAUAUAAUUCAAUUAUGAAUACAAUUAAUAAAUUGAAACAAGUGCAAAAGGAAAAUAUUGUCACUGAUGUUGAACAUUUGCCGCCAAUUUAUAAGAGUUUAGUUAAUGGAAAGGUCGCAAGUUCCUUGGAUUUUCCGCCGGAUGAGGCAAUUUUCAAAAAUUUAAUAAAUCUCUCAAUAGACGAAACACAAUUGCCAAUGAGAAUAACAAGAAGCAAAGAUCCUGAACCACGACAACGUGAUGCUGUGCCAAAAUUAUCCGAUUUUUUUCAACCAAAAUAUGCCGAUGAAUAUUGCACGGCAGUUUGUGCAAAACCAAGAAAUCCCGAGCAAUUUGAAAAUUGGAAUGCAUUUCGUAUUAGUGACAAAAUUCGCAGUUGGAAAUGGAAUAUGGACUUUGUUCAUUAAUGAAAAAAAAAAAAAAAAAAACAUAAACAAAAAAAUUAGCUCAACAAAAAUUAUCAAAGAAGAAAAAGUAUUUUUUUUUUUUAAAUAAUCUCCUUUUUUUUUGCUAAAUAAUGUGUAAAUUAAAUUUUUUAAGAUACUUUUCUUUUUUUUCUAUAACUGUACAAUUUUUUAUAGUAAAUUUUUCUAGAAAAAAAAUAAA